UGAACAGAUCGGCGAUUGGGCAAAACUAAUCAAGCGUAUGGAACGUUGAGCCAUGUACGGAAGCCGAACAAGGACCUGCUGGAGGAUUUUUGAAUCUGACAUGACAGCUAUUUCUCACACAGAGCCAGAGCUACUUAUCGCAACAGAAAGGGGGUUCGGGAUUAUCUCGUUGCUCUAAAAACACAGUGAGAGAUCCAAACCCGUUGCUACUAAAUACAUCCGGAUUGCAUCUGCCGUUCUGUAAAUGCUCAUUGCCGCGGUACCGGUAGCUACUGCUAACAAAGCAAUUACGGAUCUGACAAAUCGGUGCGACCAGGAUGGAGUGGCAGCCGGAUGAACAGGGUUUGCAGCAGGUACUUCAGCUGCUGAAGGACUCCCAGUCUCCAGACACAGCCACACAGAGAGCUGUGCAGGAAAAACUGGAACAGCUCAACCAGUUCCCAGACUUCAACAACUAUCUCAUCUUUGUCCUUACAAGCCUCAAAUCAGAGGAUGAGCCGACCCGUUCUCUAAGUGGUCUCAUAUUGAAGAACAAUGUGAAGGCCCACUACCAGAACUUUCCUCCUCUGGUCGCUGACUUCAUCAAGAGGGAAUGUCUCAACAACAUCGGAGAUCCCUCGCCCCUCAUCAGAGCAACCAUCGGCAUCUUGAUAACAACCAUAGCAUCUAAAGGAGAGCUGCAGACAUGGCCUGAACUCCUCCCUCAACUCUGUAACCUGCUCAACUCUGAAGACUACAAUACCUGCGAGGGUUCUUUCGGAGCACUGCAGAAGAUCUGUGAGGAUUCUUCAGAGCUGUUGGACAGUGAUGCUCUCAACAGACCCCUGAACAUCAUGAUCCCCAAGUUCCUACAGUUCUUUAAACACUGCAGCCCAAAGAUCAGGUCUCAUGCCAUAGCGUGUGUGAAUCAGUUCAUCAGCAGUAGAGCCCAGGCUCUGAUGGAUCACAUUGACACCUUCAUCGAGAGUCUGUUUGCUCUAGGAAGUGUUGUACAUGCUCCAGCGGGAACCCAGGACCCAGAUGAGAAUGUCAGUCUGGAGGCCUGUGAGUUCUGGCUCACCCUGGCUGAGCAGCCCUGUCUGCAACAGGAGGCCCUGUCUGGGGCCUGUUUGUUCCACCCAGACUGGGUCGUCAAGGAGUCUGGAAUACUGGUGCUGGGGGCUAUCGCUGAGGGUUGUAUGCAGGGCAUGGUUCCCUACCUACCAGAGUUGAUGCCUCACCUCAUCCAGUGUCUCUGUGAUAAGAAGGCCCUGGUGCGCUCCAUCGCCUGCUGGACCCUGUCCCGCUACGCCCACUGGGUGGUCAGCCAGCCCCCCGACUCCCACCUCAAACCCCUCAUGACUGAACUCCUCAAGAGGAUCCUGGACGGGAACAAGAGGGUUCAGGAGGCCGCCUGCAGUGCGUUUGCGACCCUAGAGGAGGAGGCCUGUACAGAGCUGGUUCCCUAUCUGAGCUUCAUUCUGGAUACUCUGGUCUUCGCCUUUGGAAAAUACCAGCACAAGAACCUGCUCAUACUGUACGACGCUAUAGGAACACUGGCCGACUCCGUAGGACACCACCUCAACCAACCGGAGUACAUAGAGAAGCUGAUGCCUCCUCUCAUCGCCAAGUGGAAUGAGCUGAAGGAUGAAGAUAAGGACCUGUUUCCUCUGUUAGAGUGUCUGUCCUCUGUAGCUACAGCCCUCCAGAGUGGCUUCCUGCCCUACUGUGAACCAGUCUACCAGCGCUGUGUUACACUGGUGCAGAAAACACUGGCUCAAGCUAUGAUGUACAGCCAACAACCGGACCAGUACGAAGCCCCUGAUAAGGACUUUAUGAUCGUGGCCCUGGACCUCCUCAGUGGUCUGGCUGAGGGCCUGGGGGGCCACGUUGAUCAGCUGGUGUCCCGGAGCAACAUCAUGACACUACUGUUUCAGUGCAUGCAGGACACCAUGCCAGAGGUGAGACAGAGCUCCUUCGCCCUGCUGGGGGAUCUGACCAAGGCCUGCUUCCCUCACGUCAAACCCUGCAUCGCUGAGUUCAUGCCUAUUCUAGGGACCAACCUGAACCCAGAGUUCAUCUCUGUGUGUAACAACGCUACCUGGGCCAUUGGAGAGAUCUGCAUGCAGAUGGGUGUCGAGAUGCAGCCCUAUGUGUCUCUGGUUCUGAACCAGCUGGUAGAGAUCAUCAACAGACCCAACACACCCAAGACCUUGCUGGAGAACACUGCCAUUACGAUUGGUCGCCUGGGCUACGUGUGUCCUCAGGAGGUGGCUCCGAUGCUCCAGCAGUUCAUCAGACCGUGGUGUACGUCCCUACGGAACAUCCGUGACAACGAGGAGAAAGACUCCGCCUUCAGAGGGAUCUGCAUGAUGAUUGGCGUAAACCCUGGGGGAGUGGUCCAGGACUUCAUCUUCUUCUGUGAUGCCGUGGCGUCCUGGGUCAGCCCUAAAGACGACCUGAGAGACAUGUUCUACAAGAUCCUCCAUGGUUUUAAGGACCAGGUAGGAGAGGAGAACUGGCAGCAGUUCUCAGAACAGUUUCCCCCCCAGCUGAAGGAGAGACUGUCUGCCUGCUACGCUGUGUAGAAACCCCCCCUAACCUAACAUCAGGUGAGCCAGUAGUAGAGGAGGAAGGUGAAAAGGAAUCUCAUCCAUCUGUGUUAAUGCCCUGAACUGAUCUGGGAGGAGAGGGACCCAUCACGCCAUUGGCCGCUCCCC